AUGUGCUCUGAAAGCAUCCACCUGCCUUCCCUCAAGACUGGCGUGGGCACUGGCAUGACACUGCCCGCUUCUUCAGUGUCUGAUUCCAGCUUCAUCGCGUAUGAAGACCGAGAUGGUGCCAUGGAGCCCGUUCGGCUAGGCUCGGGAUUGUCUACAUAUCCAGAGCAGCGAAUUGUGAUGGAUGGCCCCCGGCCAAGAGAGGUCAUGUCAUCCCCGUCUUCCUUCCUUCUUUCACCAAUACAGUCUCUCAAUAUCACUCCGUUAGCAGUCGAGGCAGAAACAAAUUCCUUAACACCACAAGGCAAUCCGAAACGGAUCCUGGAGCCAGCGACGGAGACAUCUAGCAAUGCAGUGUUGGAGCAACAUGCAGCGCAGUCAUUAGCUUUUGUGGACCGCCAUAUCCACUCUACACCGAAGGCCGAAUGUGAUGCGGCGGAGCAUAUACUGGCAGUAGCGCCUCAAUUAGCUUCCAUACCAGAGGAGGGAGCCGAAGAUGACGGCAGCAGAGAAGAGACCGUGACAAGUACACCCUAUGUGCUCUCGAGUUCACCGCAACCAUCCGACCUACUAGAGGUAGGUGUGUUUCCGAGGGAGACAAAAAAGACAGCGGCAUCGCCAUCACCCGGCGAUUCAAGCACAAUAGCUUUCUCUCCGCCGGUUUUAAGCAACCCGAAAUCCUCUGAGGGUGCGCCUUCCCCAGUGGUACACUUAACGCCAGCGCCUGAUGUCAUACCAAACCCGGCCCACGUACAAGAGGCAGAUGAAGAUGGCCAAGUGAAUGCAGGAGAUGCCUCUUCCACAGAAUCCACAACGGGCGAAGAAAGCUCGAUAUUUGGUGAGAAUUAUCAUUCCGACACUUCCAGCUAUACGGCUUCCCUCUUGUCCGAUGUGAAGAAUUACACCUACGAAAACGGACGCCGGUAUCAUUCUUACCGCGAAGGCCACUACGUCCUCCCUAAUGACGAGCCCGAGCAAGAUCGACAAGACCUCCUUCACCAUGUGCGAAACCUCGUCCUUAACGGAGCCUUGUUUCGAGCUCCGGUAGACCCAAAUCUCCAACGCGCCCUAGACAUCGGCACAGGGACGGGCAUCUGGGCCAUCGAUUUCGCAGACAGAUACUCCAGCGCCGAGGUCGUCGGUACCGACCUGAGUCCGAUCCAGCCAUCCUGGGUGCCGCCUAACCUCCGAUUCCUGGUCGACGACGCCGAGUCACCCUGGUUGUUUAAUGCGAGCCGGCCCUUUGACUUUAUCCAUGCGCGGGACUUGGGCGGCGCCAUCGCGGACUGGCCGCGGCUGCUGCGCCAGGCCUAUCAGCACCUGCGACCUGGGGGCUGGGUUGAAUUGCAGGAGUUUGAGGUGACGCUCAGGUCAGAUGACGACUCCCUCCGUCUGGCGCCGACGUUGUGCGAAUUCCUCGGCCGCCUGCAUGAGGCCAGUGAGGCGUUUCACCGGCCCAUGAAUAUCGCCGAAGGCCACCGGCAGCGGCUGAUGGAGGCGGGUUUUGAAGAGGUCAGAGAUGAGGUGUACAAGGUAUGA